AUGAACUGCAGCUUGUCGGAGGCGUUGAAGCAGCUGUCGGCCAUUGACUCUCUGAGCAGGAGUCUUACUUCGAUCAAAUGUUCCCUCGAACAAAUCAUCAACAACAGCACAGGGUUGGACGGUUGUUGUCCUCCUGAUUGGAAACUCUCUGGCUUGAGUUGUUAUUUCUUCAGCCGUUCCCCUUUGUCCUGGAAUGAUUCCAGAGCCUGGUGUGAGGAACAUGAAUCUCACCUGGUCAUACUCUCCUCGGACAAGGACUGGGACUUUGUGACCAGUCACACAUUUCUUACAUUUUUUUGGGUGGGUCUGAGUGAUUGGAGAACUGGAACAUGGGAGUGGGUGGACCAGACUCCGUACCCCGUGGACAGCAGACGGUGGGGACCCGGUCAGCCUGACAACUGGACCGGUCACGGCCUCGGUCACGGAGACGAAGACUGUGCUCACCUGCACAGGGACGGCCGCCUCAACGACCGGCACUGCUCCCAUCAGAUGCGGUACAUCUGCCAAAAGCCUAGCGGUGACCCCUGAGCAAACCGCUCGGCUCCGCCCACACGCAUGUUCACAGAUAAAACAUAAAAUUAUCUGAAGUAGAGAACAUCAGUGACGAGCAGCUGUCAGAACCAAAUAUAAACCAUAACCAA